AUGUCAUUAGAACAAGAACAAGUCCAAGUGCGUUUUGUCACUCAACAACCUGAAUAUGUCGUCAGUGAUGCACCUAUGCUUUUACCUUCCAAUAUUCAAAAGGAUGGUCUAUCUCAAAUUGUAAAUAGUUUAUUAGAUCUAGAAAAACCUGUUCUUUUUGACUUUUUAGUAGAAGGUCAAUUACUAAGAAAAAGUAUUGUUGAUUAUUUGAAUGCUGCUCGACUCUCUACUGAAAAUGUAGUGACGAUUGAAUAUGUUGAAUCCAUGCUUCCUCCAGUUCCUUUGACAGCCUACCAACACGAUGAUUGGAUCAGUUCAGUCAGUGGUCAUCAAGGUCUGUUCUUGACAGGUUCUUACGAUACCAUGGUACGUGUAUGGAACAGUUCAGGCGAAUGCAUCUCUACUCUGAUGGGUCAUACCGAUGCUGUCAAAUCAGUGACUUUUGGCCAAGUCCAAGGCACCCAUGCCACUGUGUUCAGUGGUGGGUUAGAUCAUGCUGUCUUGGGCUGGUCAUUCAACACAGACGAUGCUACUUAUCGUCUGAUGUAUGAAUGUAAAGGACACAAGGGCCCUGUUGAAUCCGUGGCCGUCGAUAGAACCCAACAGUAUCUGGCUUCUGCUUCUGCAGACAGUCUAGUCAAGAUCUGGACCACACAAGAACCCGAAGAAAGUGAGGUUGUGCAUGAAUCCAAAAAGAGAAAAAAGACAAGUGAUCGUAAACUCAAGACACAGACUGUGGACCUGGAGGGCCAUGUGGGUGGUGUGAAUGCUGUUGUGUUUGACGGCCUUGAUGCCAAUGUUGUCUAUACGGGUGGUUGGGAUCAUUCAAUCCGUUCUUGGGACAUUGAACAGCAAGUCAAUUUGACAACCAAGGUAAGCCUCUCUACAGGGAAACAUGAAUCUAACUCGCUUUAUAGAAUUGUGAAAAAGUCGUUUUAG